AUGGCGGAAGGAUCUUGGCAGAUUGACGCCCUCAAUAAGAAGCGGCGCUUGUGCUUCGACCAAGCUUCAGGCUCGAACGAUGAAAGCGUGCCUUUAGGCCAACAAGCUCCAUUCGGCAUUCCGCAAAUCAGCGACUAUCAACAGUCGUCUUGGUCUUAUACAAGCUAUAUGUCCGAGCCUUCCCCGUACUUGACGAAUACCAGUUACCAGACGUACGAACAUUCGUCUUACGAAUUAAACACACUCUACGUGCCCGAGCCCUCGUCUUACUCCUCAAAGACAAGCCAUAUUCAUGUGCCCGAGCCUUCACGCGUGUUUCGGGACAACAUCCUCACGGCCACUGAGGGGGAGGGUGCCUUCGUUCAUCAAAAACGGCACAUACCGGAGGUAGUAUGCUUUGGCAAGAUAGUGCGAAUCGCCGGAACCUGCCACAACUCCCUUCCAACUACAUCCAGAUACCCGGCGCACUUCGACUCUCCGAAUGCUUUUAGAGUCACCAUAGGGGGCAGUGAUGACACUCUGUUGGGGACAGUCGAUUCCGAGCAUGCCUUCCUUAUUGCCGAUUUGCUAGGUGAGAAUGAGCUUGAGCUGGAAGUCAGCGUGUCGUCCAAAGAAGAUGGACAGGCCUCCAAGAAACGGUCCCGGCCACAGGCCUUCCUCUCCUCGACGAAGCCGUGCCUGCUAGACAUUGUUCUUUAUGGGCCGCUUCAGCUGUUUCAGGACAUUGGGAGCUACCUCCAGGAUCACGAGUUCUACCUUCAAGACCCUGUUGGUUGCAAGCGGCACGUCCGAUACUGUAAUCCACACAGACUACCACCAUUAGACGCCGAAGUCAUGGUGUUUACGUCAACCCUAGCCGUCCAGCAGGCCCAUGCAGUAGAGAUGCAGAAUAUCGGGCAACGUCCAGACCUUCUCGAAGUCUUGGACUCACAACACGACCUGGAAGAAGCGGCGCAGCCACCAGCUGUGAAAACCAUCUUGGAGAAACACCAGAAGAAGGCGCUCACAUUCAUGCUGCUCCGGGAACAAGGAUGGGCCUGGGACGGCUCCAGGCCUGAUAUAUGGGAGGCCCAGGAAAACGGCCCGCAACAAUUCUGCUUCAUCAACAGGGUAUCGGAUACCAUCCAAGACGAUCAGCCUCCCCAGUUCUACGGCGGCAUUAUUGCCGACCCAAUGGGCAUGGGGAAGACAUUGUCCAUGAUAUCCCUAAUAGCAUCAGACAUACGUAGCGACGACAGCGAAGAUAUACACCCCCCUUGGCGCGAUGAUAGGGAGCCAUGCCCACAGCAAACUUUGGUUGUGGUUCCACCCCCUUUACUGGGUACUUGGGAGGAGGAGCUUACGGAACACCUUUUCCCUCAUAGCUUGAACUGGUGCCGUCACCAUGGCAAGAGCCGUCUGGUAGACCUUUCACAGCUCCAUUCCACACGACUAAUUCUCACAACUUACCACACCGUGGCUAUGGAGUGGAAAAACAAGGCGAAAAACGAUGCUUCCCUGCUUUUCAAAACCCGCUGGAGACGCGUGGUUCUAGAUGAAGCUCACUUCAUCAGGAACAGCGGAUCACAAAUGGCCCGCGCCAUAUGUGAGCUUGACUCGGUUGCUAGGUGGGCUGUGACAGGAACACCUAUCCAAAACCGUCUUGGAGAUCUCGCCACACUGCUGAAGUUUCUCAAGGUUCAUCCGUAUGCAGAGAAAGCCGCAUUUGAUACUGACAUUGUCAAUCCCUGGAAGUCUGGCAACGAUAAGGAGGCUGUGAAGCGCUUGAAGCGACUUGCUGGCUGUCUCCUCCUCCGUCGCUCAAAGGGAAUCAUCUCCCUUCCAGCAAGACACGAUCUGAAGUCUCCCGUGGAACUUUCCUGCGCCGAAAGGGAAUUAUAUGAAAGUAUACGAACCCAGGCCCAAAGCCAGAUUGACGAGGCAUUGGUUGAGAGCAGCUAUUCUCUUAAACCACACUCGUUUGUCAACGUCCUCCAGCAGAUUGAGGCAAUGCGAAUCGUCUGCAACCUAGGACUCCAUUAUCAUACUCGCCAGGCCAUCGAGGCCAAGCUACAGAUUAACACAGACGACUCGAACUGGAAUCGUUUGGCUCAGCGGGCCUUCGACGUCUGCCGGGGACUGGGCCAACUCCAAUGUUGCCUGUGUAGCUCGAACUUGGACGACAUGGGCGAGGAGCUAGGUGACCACGGAGACCAGGCUGGAUGCCGACCGCUCUUCUCCCAAUGCCUGAAAUUCGUUUGCCAAACAUGCGCUCCGCAAUUCUCGGGUCGGAAGCGCAAAGCCUUCUGUGGGUGCGAAGCAUCCUGUUCCUUUGCUGCCGUUUCGCCAUCCCCCGCGGCCGCGGAUUUCUUAGAGGGCUCUACUUUUGUUCCGGACAAGACACAAUCAGGACUCGGGGGCUCUGGUCAGCUUGUUUUGUCGUCAAAAGUUGCCAUGCUGCUGGAGGACAUUCGCCAGCACGUUCAUGAAACAUCCGACGUUAAAUGUGUGGUCUUUUCUACAUGGAGAAUGACCCUCGAUCUUGUCGAAGCCGGUCUCAAGCAAGCAGGCAUGGCCUGCUUGAGGUUCGAUGGGAAAGUCCCACAGAAAGAGCGGCAAGGGGUUGUCAAGCGGUUCCAGACAGAUCCAACGGUCAAGAUUUUGCUUUUGACACUAUCCUGCGGCGCGGUUGGCAUUACGCUGACUGCUGCAUCGCGGGCCUAUCUCAUGGAGCCACACUGGAACCCAACUCUUGAAGAUCAAGCCCUCGCUCGGAUUCAUAGGAUGGGCCAGAGACGGGAGGUCACAACAGUGCGUUUUGUCGUUAAAGACUCAUUUGAGGAGAGAGUCAUUGAAACUCAAGACUCGAAGAGAGACCUUGCCGGCAUCUUGCUUAACCCCCAAAAUCAUGGUCUUUCUGGCAAGCCCCUAGAGUGGCUCCGCGCACUUAUCUGA